AUGGGCUCGUACGCCGAAAUCAAUAUCCCACAAGGCCAGCUCGCCGGCCGUGUUGCGCUUGUAACUGGGGGCAGUUCCGGUUUCGGCCAUGCCAUUUCUUCUGUCUUCGCCGCUCAGGGUGCCAGAGUCUACAUCGGUGACAUGAACCCGGAUGGCGCUCAGAAGCUUGCGGCUCAAUACCCCGAGGGCAAUGUAAUCGCGCGCGCGAUGAACGUUACCAAGCGCGAAGACUGGAACGCAGCCCUCAAGGAGAUUUUGGAGACCUGGGGGAAGCUGGAUAUCCUGAUCAACAAUGCAGGAACAAGUUACAAGAAUAAGCCGACCGUGGAUGUGACGGAAGAUGAGUAUAAGCGGUGUUUCGAUGUCAACUGUUUUGGGAUUUUCCACUCUGUUGCAGUCGUCUUCCCGGAGUUCGUGAAACAGAAAUCCGGCAUCUGUGUGAACAUUUCUAGCUGUGGAGCAAGCAGACCGCGUCAGGGUUUGGUUUGGUACAACGCGUCGAAAGGAGCGGUCUCAAAUGCAACCAAGGGCCUCGCCCUCGAAUUUGGGCCUCAUCAAAUCCGUGUCAAUUCCAUCUGCCCACUACUGACAGGAACUGGACUAUUCGAGUCCUUUGCCGGUGUACCGGACACCCCUGAAAACCGACAAAAGUUUCUCAGCAAUGUACCGCUUGGCAGACUCGGGGAGGUCGACGACGUAGCCAACGCGACUCUGUUUUUGUGCACGGAUGCGGCGAAGUUCAUCACUGGUGUGAAUUUGGAUGUCGAUGGUGGGAGAACUAUCUAG